AUGGAUUUAAAGGCAAAUAAAAUGUCGAAACGUGAAAGAGGUCCAAAUUGGGAAGAAGAUGAAAAAACUAUAUUUUUCCAUUGCUACCAAAAUGUGGCCAAAGUAUUGGAAGAUCCGAAAAAGGAUUUUAAUACAAAUACCAAAAAAAAUCAAGCUUGGUUAAAUCUAAUGAACAAUUUUAAUGGUCAUUCUAACGUUAAAAAGGUAAU